GAUGCAACAUUUUAAGUUUUACAUAUUGGUCAUUGCUUCACUCUUUGGCUCCUGCAGUCUUGCGGACCUCAAAACCCUCUCACUCUCUCUCUCUCUCACACACACACACACACACACACAAACACUUCCUCUCUCUCUCUCUCUAAAGCUCCGUCCUUUAGAUGGAAGACGAUGACGAAUUCGGAGAUCUCUACACAGACGUUCUUAGACCCUUUGAAUCGUCCCAAUCAUCUUCUGCGCCGCAGCCCCACCAACCCUCCACUGCACCCCAACCUCACCGUCCGAUCGAUCUCAACCUCCGUAACGAAGAGGACGAGAUCCUAUAUGCAGCUCCUCACUCUAAUCCUUCUCUUCCCCACCCACCGAAUACCCAAACCCUAGCUCCCGCCGACUCUGUCCCCGCCAAUUCGACUAAAGAUGCGGAUUCAGCAGGUGGGUCUAGGGGUUUGGAGGAUAAAGGUGUUGAAUUACCAAAAGUCGAUUCCGUGGAUUCUAAUAUCGGUGGUAAAACUGUGGAUUUGAUGGACAAGGAUGUGAAUUUCGACAUCGAGGAGGAUAACAAUGAAACUGAUGAUAUGGGUUUGGACCCGGUGAUUCCAGGGCUAUCGGAAACCUUUCCGGUGAAUGAUUCGGCGGUCAAUAUAGGAAACCCGGAAGGUUCUAGAAAGGAAGGUGAGAGAGGCGAAGAUGAUUGGGACAGUGACGAUAGCGAGGACGAUUUGCAGAUAGUGUUGAAUGAUAACAACCACGGGCCUAUGGCUAUGGAGAGAGGCGGAAUAGGUGGCAACGCUGAAGGCGACGACGACGAUGAAGACGGGCUCGUUAUUGUGGCUGAUGGUGAGCUGAACCAACCGAUGGAAGAGCAAGAGUGGGGUGAAGACGGAGCACAGGCGGCUGAAGGUGAGAGAAAGGAGAUGGGUGAAGCCGGGAAGGCUGUUGGCGGUGGCAGCGUGGUUGCACCCCCCAAAGUUGGGUAUAGCAAUCAUGGGUAUCAUCCAUUUCAUUCUCAGUUUAAGUAUGUAAGACCAGGUGCUGUGCCUAUGAGUGGACCAGCUACUUCUGGCCCUGGAGGAGUCCCAGGUCAAGUUCGUCCGCUUGUAAAUGUGGGUCCUGUAGCUGGUCGAGGUAGAGGUGACUGGAGACCAACGGGAUUAAAAAAUGCUACUCCACUGCAGAAGAAUUUUCAUUCAGGCUUUGGUAUGCCUGGCUGGGGCAACAAUAUGGGCGGUCGCGGUUUCGGUGGUGGGCUGGAGUUUACGCUUCCUUCACACAAAACCAUAUUUGAUGUUGACAUUGAUGGUUUUGAGGAAAAACCUUGGAAAUAUCCUGGCGUUGAUACAUCAGACUUCUUCAACUUUGGCUUAAAUGAAGAAAGCUGGAAAGAUUAUUGCAAACAGCUGGAACAGCUUCGCUUGGAGUCCACUAUGCAAAGCAAAAUUCGUGUUUACGAAAGUGGACGAACAGAACAGGAGUAUGAUCCAGAUCUACCCCCAGAAUUAGCAGCAGCAACUGGCAUUCACGUAAAUGCAAAUCCUGGAAAGUCAGAUGUUGGGCAAAGUGAUUUAGUGAAAGGAUCUGCUCGUCUGCGUCCACCUAUACCAACUGGAAGAGCAAUACAGGUGGAAGGUGGUUAUGGUGAGCGUCUCCCCUCCAUUGAUACCCGACCACCUCGAAUUCGUGAUUCAGAUGCAAUUAUUGAGAUUGUCUUGCAGGAUUCUUUAGAUGAUGAUUCCUCCGCAGGAAAUGGUAUCCCAGAGAAAACUGAAACUGAUCGCCCAAGAGAGGAUUUUGGUAGAAGUGCUGUUGGUGAAGGAGACCUUGCGCAGGUUGAGAGUGUGUAUUUUGAUGGUUUUCCCGCCUCUUAUAAUGACCAAAAGAGGGAGCCGGUUGGAAGAAAAAUUCCAUUCCAUGAUAGCAUACCAGAAGAAGAAGGAAUCUUGCCCUUCCCUCCAGAAGCGCCAGUCCCAUAUACGGGUUCUGGGGGAGAGACUCCUAGUUAUCCUGGUGGAAGUUUUGGUUCCACUUUUGAGGAAAGGGGAACACAGGGAAAAGCACGGGACAGAUCUCCUCGUGUGACUCCUAGCCGGAAUACAAGGGAUAAAAAAUUUCUUGACAACCAGAAGGAAGAAUCAGUGGAAAGCAUGGAUGGUAAACGUAGUUCGCUGAUAUCAUCUCCUAUCACAAAUAGGGGUGCCCACGAGUCAAGUGUUGAGUAUAGAGAUAGUGACCAAGAUGAGCCUGUGCUGGCUGAUGGAAGCUCUGGAAUGGAAAAGGAGGAAAUGGCUACGGUUACUGUAAAUGAUGAACUGCAAGAUGGGCCUCCAAAGCAUAAAAAAUUAAGUUCAAGAGUUGAACAAUCUGCCGAUGAAGAACUUGAUGAUGGUGAGGACUCAAAGGCUGCAAGAAGUAGUGACAACAGCAAAGCAAGAUCUGGAAGCAGCAAGGAUUAUCAGAAGUGGAGGGAUGGGGUUGAGGAGGAAGUCAUUCAAGGACGUUCAACACACAUGGGGGGCAUCAAGAGGCACCUUGAUGAAAAUGAACAGGGGUUCCAAAGGAAAAACCGUGAUGGUAGACAGGAACCAGAUAGAAGUCACACUGUAGUAAAAGGGCGGGAGGACUCUUAUCCUUAUAGGGACUGGGAUCCUAGCUCUGCUCAUCCAUUGCAAUUGAAAAGUGAUGGGCUUCAUAGGCGAAAGGAAAGGGACAAUCUUGACGGGCCAUGGCAACGGAGAGAUGAUGAACCUUAUGUCAGAAGGAUUAGAACUGAAGAAACAAGGAAGAGAGAGCGUGGUGAUGAAAUGGGAUCCAGGCACAGGAGUAAGGCUCGAGAAAGUGAGCGGAGUGACAAAGAUGAACAUCUUCAGUCAAGAAAACAGUUAGAUAAUGGCAGCUAUAUAGAUGAUUACCACGGCAAGAGAAGGAAAGAUGAGGAAUAUAUGAGGAGAGACCAUAUAGAUAAAGAAGAUUUUGUGCAUGGCCACAGAGAAAGUACCAGUCGCCGAAAGCGUGAAAGGGAUGAAAUUUUGGAUCAGCGUAAGAGAGAUGACCAGCAGAGAGUUAGAGAUAAUCUUGAUGAUCCUCACUCUGUCAGGCACAAAGAUGAAAGCUGGUUGCAGAGGGAGAGAGGUGAUAGGCAAAGAGAAAGGGAGGAGUGGCAUAGGGUUAAACAAUCCCAUGAGGAAAAUGUACCCAAGCGGGAAAGAGAUGAAGGACGAGCUUCUAUAAGGGGUGGGCGUGGUGCAGAAGACAAAGCAUGGGUGGGCCAUACUAGGGCAAAGGAUGAAAGCAAAGGCUCUGAUAAGGAGCACCAAUAUAAAGACACUGUGAGACACAGUGAACCAUCUAAAAGGAGGGAUAGGGUUGAGGAAGAAAGCUCGAAUCAUAGGGGGCGUGAGGAUGUUUAUGGACGUGGAAAUCAAUCAAAUAAUGAUGAGAAGAGAUCUGGAAAGGAGAGAUCAAGUACUCGUAAUGAACGUGCUGACAACCAAAAGCUCCAUGAUAGAAGACCUAAAGAGAAUACAAGGAAGAAUAAAGAAUCUGAGAUUGCUGAUAACAGCACUACAGUUACUUCCAAGAGACAUCAAGAAGAUCAAAGUGGUCACAGUAAGGAGAUGGGCUUGAAAGGUACCCGUGUGCAAGGAACUGGUGAGGGAAUCCCACAGCACCGUCACUCUUCCAAAAGGCAUAAGGAAGAUGCUUCCUCUGAUGAUGAACAACAGGAUUUAAGAAGGGGGCGCUCCAAAUUGGAACGCUGGACGAGCCAUAAGGAGAGGGAUUUCAGUGUCAACAGUAAAUCAUCGUUAAAGUUGAAAGAGCUUGAUAGGAGCCACAACAGAGGAUCCUCAGAUGCCAGUAAACUUCCAGAAGAAUCUUCCAAACCAGUUGAGGCUGUUGAUAAUCAACAUUCAUUGGUUGAGGAGAAAGAUGCCGGUGAUCAGGAUAUUAAGGAUGCAGACACCAAACAAUUGGAUGCAGACACAAAACCAUUGGAGGACCGGCACCUGGACACAGUUGAGAAGUUGAAGAAAAGAAGUGAGCGUUUCAGGCUUCCAAUGCCAAGUGAAAAAGAAGCAGCAACAAUCAAAAAGUUGGAGAGUGAAGUGCUGCCUACCACCAAUAGUGAGACUCCUGUGGAAUCUGAGAUUAAACCAGAGCGGCCAGCUAGGAAAAGAAGGUGGAUCAGCAACUGAAUCCAACAUUAAGGAACUUAGGUUAGUUGGCUGAAUUUCUGUGGCAUGAGGGAAGUUAUGCAUCCCAACUCCCUUUGCAGUGCAAUCAUUCAGCUUGUUUUGAAAUGGUUUUUGUAGGGUUCCCUAGAAGGCCAUGUACCUCUGCGCUGCAGUAAUAUAAUCUUGUAACCGUGCUGCCACAGCAUACUUAUCAAUGUUUUCUUUUGUAUAUACUGGUGAUUGUAACUUUGAACUGGCCACUGAUGUGGCGCAGGACUGCUUUUAGCAACUAUUCUUAUUUUUGUUGCUCAGGUAUAAUCUUGGCCUGAUUCGAGGGACAUCUAUCAGACCCGGCAAAUGCUGUUCGUUGGAUCCAUGUAGAAGCCAGGCGCCAUGGGAUGCAACGCAAGAACUUGAUACAGGCGAGAAGCUUCAAGGCUGAAGAAAAUGAGAGUGAGGAGCCAAUUGACACGAGAGAAGCUUUUCCAAUGUGUUUGGAGAUGACGACUUCACCGGUGAUGGUGAAAUGAAUUAGAACUUAUAUCUGUAUACUGUAAUCCUGAUCAAAUUCUUUUACCCCUUUUUCUCUUUUUGGUUAAAAGAAACAGAGAACUGGUGGUGAGCUUGAAACACACGACAUUUGAAACCCAUUUGUAUUUUUGGAACAAGUGAGUUUUAAAAACAACGGAUUAGUAGAAAGUUAAUUGAACAAUAGAAAAAGAAAUAAUUAGUGGUAUUAUUCUAAA